AUGGCAAUUUUCUUACAUAAUAAUGUGAUUAAAUCCUUAUUUAAAUCACCAAUAAAAUACUUUCUUAGAUUUUCUAGCCUAUUUACACCGGAUUAUUUAAGUUUGCUAAAACCUAAAAUACCGUUAUAUGGAAUGGUGAAUGUUCAAAUUAAAGGUUACAAUUAUCCUACAUUAGAAAAUUUUCAACGAUUAAUUCAUCAACAUGCAGUACAGCUAGAUAUUGAUAUUGAAAAUAGUUUUGCAACGCCUUCAAAAUCACUUAAAAUACAACGAUUAAAAGAUGUUAAUACCGGUUUACAAAUUGAUUAUCAACUAGAAGUUUAUGAAAGAAAUGUAUUAGUAAGUGAUGUAUCAUCGAUUCGACUUCCCAUGUUUAUAAGAUUAUUAGAAUCAACACUUCCAGAAGGAGUAACGUUAAAAGUUCAACCAUGGGAUUCGACAAUUGAAAAUAAACGAUAUAUCCCUGAUAAGGAACUUAUAGAAGCAAAAACUGAAUUAGAGAAUAUGCGUAAAAAAUAA